UGCUCUCCCUCCGUUUCGUGCGGAACCCUCUGCAUCCCCGUUCGUCUUCUAUUUACCAAAAGUAAGAUUAGCUUCCACUAUCCGGUUCUGCAACAUAUCUUCAUUGAUGGAGCCCACAGCUUCAACCAUUAACUCAGAUGGUUUGCUGGUUUUAUGCGGGAAGUCACUGGCCGAGAAUGAAAUUGCUAAAACAAUUAAGACGAAUAAUACUGUGAAGCUUCCUGACAGCAGUGAAAUUUCGAUUAUUUUGCGCUCUGAACUGGAUGAUAAACUUCUCAAAGAAGACUCCUUUGGAAUUGAUUUAUUCAUGAGCUCGCUUUCUACUCAUAAAUUUGGCCGGUUUCUCAUUUGGUCCCCACGGCUGUCUUCAACACAUGAUGUGGUUUCACACAACUUUUGUGAGCUUCCUAUUGGCGCGGUUUGUGUCGCUGAUGUUCAGACCAAGGGACGAGGUCGGUCAAAGAAUGUGUGGGAGUCUCCGUUGGGUUGCCUCUUAUUUUCUUUUACUCUACAAAUGGAAGAUGGACGAGUUGUUCCUUUACUACAAUAUGUUGUUUCCCUGGCUAUCACAGAGGCAAUAAAGGAUGUCUGCAACAAAAAUGGCUUACCCAGUGUUGAUGUGAAAAUUAAGUGGCCAAAUGAUCUCUACUUAAAUGGCCUUAAAGUUGGAGGCAUUUUAUGUACCUCAACAUAUAAAUCUAAGAAGUUUAAUGUUAGUGCAGGGAUUGGGUUGAAUGUCAACAAUGAGAAGCCAACAACAUGCUUAGAUAUGGCUGUAAGAGAAUUGUCCAGGAAAGCAUACCAAUUUCGAAGAGAAGAUGUUCUGGCAACCUUCUUCAGUAAAUUUGAGAAAUUCUAUGAUCUUUUUGUGAAUCAAGGAUUCCAAACCCUGGAGCAGCUAUAUUAUAAGACUUGGUUGCACAGUGGACAGAGAGUUAUUGUGCAAGAAAAGAACGAGGACAAAGUGAUUGAACAUGUGGUAACCAUUCAGGGUUUAACAUCCUCAGGUUACUUGUUGGCUGUUGGCGAUGAUAAUCAAAUGUGUGAGCUCCAUCCUGAUGGCAAUAGCUUUGAUUUCUUCAAGGGACUGAUUAGAAGGAAACUUGAGUGAGGAAGAUUCCUUAGGACACUCCACACGAGGCAAGAACUCUUCCACACUGUAUGCACCAUCAAGGAAAUGUGGGAGAUUGUGAGUUCGAUCCUCGUUUUAAUCUCAGGAUGUUAGUGCUUGUUCCUUUUUUUUUUUCUUUUUUUUGGGGGGGGGGGGGGGGGGUGUGGAAGAAAGGGUGGAAUCACUGGGGAGAUAAUCUACCCUCUUGGUAUGAAACAGAAAACACAAAGUGGCAUGUUCUCUAAUAGCGGAACGGGUCUGGGUUUUAGUGUCUUUAUAUGAUUGUAUCCUAUAGAACAGUAAAGAGUUCUCUAUAGACGUGUACAACCCACAUUGUUUCAACAAAAUGCCUAAGCGAUAUGUGGCUUGGAGGCAAUAAAUCUUGACAGAUGUUUGUCUAACAUCCAAUGUGUCUCUGACCCUGAUCAUACGCUGGUCUGGUCAUUUUCAAAAGGACAGCAAAAUAGGAAGUGGGUGGAAGUCCACCCUUCCAUCUCUCCAUCAUUCAUGAAUGUAAUGCUUCAGAUUUGCCAAAA